GGCGACGUUGGAUUAGCAGUUACCAAGCUGCAUGUAAACAGUUGAUGACUACAUUAAUUAACUUUGACUAAUGGGUUUACUGCGUAUAUACACACACUGACUACACGGGAUGAGCAGAGGCGAGUUUUAUCUGAAGUGGCAGGCUUGAUGUCACAGGACCAUGAGGCAAGAGCAGCAACAUCAUGCCAGAGUCAGCACCACAGGAUGUGAACCAGACUGGCCUGUUAUCACCUGGCAUGGCCCCGCCCCAGGGCUCAGUGUCAUCGCCUGGCAUGGCCCCACCCCAGGGCUCAGCGUUAUCAACCACCAACAUCUCAUCAGCCCAACUCCUGGCCCAGAGACGCCAGCGGUUGACGUCGGCCAAGUACUAUGACAUUGCGUCAACUCUGCUGGGUGGAGAUACAGACCUCGAUGAGCUGUUUGUGGCAGCAGCAAGGGAUGGAGACUAUGACAAGAUAGAGCACUUCCUCCAGGGCAGGACGGACAUCAUCGUCAGUGUAGAUGUGAAGGACCGGCAGACCGGCAACACUGCCCUAAUCUGGGCUGCCAAGAAAGGCCAUAUCAGGAUUGUUCACCUUCUUUUGAAACAUGGUGCCGACCCGACCCUGCACAACUAUAAAGACCAGACUGCCGUGGAGGUGGCCACACCCAGCAUUAAGACCGUUCUGCUCGACUCAGUGGAGAAAUCAACAGAGUCGCCGCACAGACUCUUACUACAGGCAGCCUGGCAGGGCAACGUCAAAGUGGUGCACAAGCUGCUGAAAGAGAACAAAGUGAUUGACAUCAACUGCCAAAAUGCAGAAGGGUUAACCCCUUUGCUGCUGCUGACCAGGGACAUACAGUUGUUUGAGAAGAUCACCACACACCUCCACCGACCGUACAGUCCGCUCCACGUCCUGCAGGAAUUACUCACACACAGAGCUGAUGUUCAUGCCACAGAUGGCGAUGAUAAGACCUGUUUGCACCAUGCGUCCCAAUCCAAGGCUACGCUGGCUCAAGCAAUCGUCAGCUGUUUGAUCAGCAGGGGUUCUGAGAUGGAUGUACGUGACAAACGACACUUUAUGCCAAUUCACUGUGCGUCUAAGUCUGGGAACACUAACGUGGUGGAGGCGCUGGUUGAAGGGGGUUCUGAGGUCAACUCCAGAGGCUACGCUGGAUUAACACCGUUACACAUCACUGCUUACAAUGAUCACCACCAGACGGCCAAGUCGUUGCUGCAGCACGGUGCCGACGUGACACUCACUGACGACAGUGGACUGAGGGCCGUUGACCUGGCCAAGAGUCGCAAGAUGAAGACGACGCUAAAGGAGGCGUGGACCGAGGCAAACGACAAAAAACAGCCGACCAAUCUGUCUCCGGUUCGAGCCCCCAGCAGGGAGCAGUCCAGAAUGUCAGCCGAGGGGAUCAACAAGAAACGAAAGGGAGAAGUUAUUUUUGAUGGCUUGCAGAUAAAUGCUUAUCCAUCAGAAGGAAGCUCUGGUCAAAGACCAGUCCUGUCACGAACUCUCAGUAAUGCGGAGAAAGCUCGAAAGGCUGAACAGCAAAUGCUUCGAGAGAUAGAGGCUGGGCGAUUCACUCCUACUCCCAAAGAAAAUGUUCGGCGACUUGGUCAGUUACGAAACAAGCCACCACCUCUCCCUCAGCUGUCACAGAGCAGUGUUAUACCCAGCAGUCCAGACAGCCUCUCCCCCAGAACACCUGGCCACCCACGACAAGCUGACGAUCUCCGCCGGUCACUGGAGGAUGGACGACACAUCGGUCAAAAAGGAAGGAUGGCCCUGCUUUCUACUUCUUCGAGUGGCCUGAAUUCAUGCAGAGACAAGGAUGUCAACUUUUGUAUUCAAAAUAACAGAGAACAUUCUCACAUCAUCCUGGAAGGCGGCCAGCUGCUGAAGAAACAUCACCGGUCCGGGUCGGAUCCCUUCACGGCAAGCUUUGGGGACGUGGCUUUGUCCUGCGAGCAGUAUCUCUCAAAAAAGGCUCGUUCUCGAUCUACGUCAUCUCAAGAUGACUACGAUGAAGAUCCUUUGAAAAUGUUGCCAUAUGAGCGUGAAUUGACGUGUUUAAACAUUCCUUCAACUAUCCCGGAAAUCAACAGUCCACGAGUACAAGCAGUCAUUGUUGACUCAGAGGAGCAGCCAACAACCUCCACAGUGAUAUCCAUCUACCCAAAUUCUUCACGGGUGCUGCCACCUACACCGGUUCCAACAUUCCUCACCCAGAAGUCUUUCAACCUACUUGAUGGGAAGCUCAUCAGACACCAAGAUAAGGAGCAGUCUCCACGGUCUAACGAUGAGCUUCCUAAGAUCUCACAUGACCCGGUGAAGGCCAUUAAUGGGACCAACCUGCUACGCAGCCACACCAUUUUCAAGGAAGAGUUCAUUUUGGAAGAAAGCCGCCCAAAAGAUCCCUUGCUGCAGUCAUCUGGCAGUGAUCCCAUGUCGAGUGCUAGCAGUCUUUCAUCAUCUUCACCAAGGGACACAGCUAAUAUUGUCCUUGUUCACAAAAACUCGGCAAAAAGUGCCAAAGGCAGGAUAUCACCAUUGAUCAAGUGUGACAGAAAGAGAGUUGGUGUGUCUGAAAAGUCUUCUGAUUCUGGACAGCCCAGCGGUGUGAAGACUCGCACUAAAGUGGGAAGAAGCCAGAGCUUCACAACUUCAGAGUCAAAGUCAUCUGCAUCUGGUAGAAAAUAUUCUGCUCCAGAAAAUAACACAGAGCAGACGGCUGAAGCAUCAACUCCCUCACCUUCUGGUGUGGAGGGUUCGGAGCCAACUGCAAGUGUCAAGUUUUCCAGGAGCGAUUCUGAGUUAAACAAGAAGAUACAAGGACUUGUGCCUCAGAGUGGGAGAACCAGGCAGGCAAAGGGUAAAAAUCUCACACCACCAGCAACUGCUGUGGUUUCACAGAACGGUAAAAACACAAGUGGUGUCAAGAAUACGGGGCUAAAAUCUUCAGUGACGGACAAGACAAAACCUUCUAAUGUGAGUACCAGUGUUGGUAAAAGUUCUGACACCACAAAACCUUCUAAUGUGAGUGCCAGUGUUGGUAAAAGUUCUGACAACACGAAACCUUCUAAUGUGAGUGCCAGUGUUAGUAAAAGUUCUGACAACACGAAACCUUCUAAUGUGAUUGCUAGUGUUGGUAAAAGUUCUAACAACACAAAACAUCCUAAUGUUGGUGCCAGUGUAAAUAAAAGUUCAAAUCCCAAGACAUCUGAUAUUAUGGAUAAAAAGAACAAUCCAGAUAGAAAGUGUGUUUCUUCAGAAAACAUGGUAGAUGAGGUCAAUCAGGGUCAGAAAAAUGAUGUAAAAACUGAGGAAGACAGUAAUACUCAAAAUACUGCAAAGUCUGUUUGUACCUCGCAAAGUCUGUCCAAACCCUCAAGUUGUGUUUCUUCUGUGAAGAGUACACAGAACACAUCCACUUCCAACAAAAAACUAGUUGCAUCUAAAACUGCACGGAUGACAACCUCCACCAAUCAGAAUAAGACAAAGUUCUUAAAAGCAUUUUCUGCAUCAAGCACGGUGACAGCUACAGGUCUUGUUAAAAGUGUUACGAGUAAGAGCACAGAGCAGUCAUCGGCUGAGAAAAAGACAACGGAGGAAAAUACUGAUUUAACAAGUCCGCCAGUAAGUGCUUCAAAAAGAGAAAGUGUUUCCAGUAAGACUUCAAAAACAUCAUCAAUGGUUUCUAAAACUUCAGUAAUUAAUAAAGAGAAUUUUGGUUCGGUUUCUAAAUCAAGCCCUGGUGGUCCAGUACCCAGAACAAACUCAAAUCUACAAGUUUCAACUUCUGGCCUUGACAGUGUGCCAGUACCAAGAACAAACUCAAAUCUACAAGUUUCUACUUCUGGCCUUGACAAUGUGCUAAUAACAAAAACAAAGUCAAAUCUUCAAGUUUCUUCUUCUGGUAUUGAUAGUGUACAGGUAGCCAAAACAAACUCAAGUCUUGCGGUGCCUAAGUGUGAUGUGGGUGUGGUAACUGCUGCUACGACAACACCUGUAAAGAACAAUCCAGUGACAUCAAGUGCAACAUCUCCGGUGUUAAACUCUCCAAACACUGUCACGCAAACUAGCAAGUUGUCUGCUUCUUCAGAACAUCUGCAGCCUAAAACGUCCACACACGGUCCCUCACUUUCCCACAAAACCUCUGCCCCAAAGAGUAAACUGUUUGAAUCUGUCAAGAAAAGUGCUUCCAGCUUAAGAUCUUCCAACAGUGCCAGUAUUCAAGGAAAGAAUACCAAAAGUAGUGCUACUAGUGUUCCAAAUGUCACUGUUUCACAUCCUCUUCCCAAGUCUGACAAUUUGAAGUCUUCUGAUCACCAGAUCCCACUGAAGUCUGGUCCUGUUUGUGCAGUCAAAGUAAAUAGACAAGAAGCUGCAUUAGCAAACACUAAAGCAAGUGAUAAGACCUAUUUAAAGCCACAGAUGUCAAAUGGAUUUUCUAAUCAGUAUGAUAAUGUCAAAAGUCAACUGGUGUCAACACCAAAAGAACCUCUUGUGAAAAUUAUAUGUCAUGGUGAAGAAGCAAAGCCAAAAAUACCCAAUAUUUCUGCUGUUACUCCCUUUCCAAGUCAAACCAUACAGACACCACUGAUUGUUAACCCUUUUGAGGACAUGAUUGUGCCAGAAUACAGUCCUGUUGCCAAACCGGUUAAAAACACUGCAACAGCUCACUCGAAUUACAAAGGAGUGUCUGCAACAUCGUUUGGCUAUGUUGUGGGAAAAUCAUCAAAAGAUGCCACUUGUAAGCUCAAAUCACAGACUAAGUAUCGCAAUAUAAAAAGUGCCAAAAAAUCUCAGAACAACAAAGACUUGAAGAGACCGCAGUCUGGUCACCGCCAGCCGUCUGCUCGCAGGCGAGGUGGGAAGACGAAGCUGGGUGAGCAGGAUGAAGGAAACAAGGUGAAAAGUGCCAGGGGCAAGAGAGUCCGGUCUGCCAGGAGGAAGAAACCCGAGCCAGAAACAGCUGCUCUUGCUGAGAAUGCCCUUAACCCUGAUGUAGCUCUGAUAACUGGAAUCGGCUGGCACGUGGCCACCAACUGCUUUGACACGUCGGAUGUCAAAGUGGCCACAAUCCUCGGCUCAACGGACUCUGAGGACUCGGAUGUGGAACUGAUUAAUGCUGAGGUUCCAAAAUCCAAAGUGGCACCAAAGUUAACAGAGAGAUCGGCCAGUCCAGGCACACCAAGGUUUCAAGAGGUGAAAAUCAAACAGGGACAGAAGUCUUCACUUCCCGCGAUGACCAAUGAUGGCUUUCCACCCAUGAAUCUCGAUAUGACACAAAAGCCUUGCCCAGAAGUCAGAAUUACGGAAGCAUCAUGUUCAUCAGUGUCUAAGAAAGCCAACAGUAAUACAAAAGAAAAUAAGUUUGCUUCUCCCUUUGAUGAUAUCACAAAUCAAGUGCACAAGGAAAUAAUGUUACAAAAACUGAGCACAAUCCCCCAGUCGCCGUCAUUAGCAAACAGUACAGAUCUAGCUAUAAACCAUUUUGACCAGAUGGUCAAGGGUGAUCAGCUAGAUAAACUGUUGGGCAUUUCUCCUGGUGAAAGUGUGUCAAGCUGUCAUUCCACCACCAUUAAGCAGGGAUUGCGAAAUGAGGCUCCCUCAGGAAAAAGGCAUUCAAGUAGAAAGAAGAAGGCUGAAGGUGCCAUCAGCCCAGGUCAUCAAACAGUGACACCAGUGAGUGAAGGAAAAUUAAGUGCUUCUCAGAUAUUGAAUGCUGAUAAACAUACUCUACUAGAACCUGAAGUCGACAGAGAGCCUACUGAUGCAGAAAUAACGAAAAUAAUUGAAAAGUAUGCAAAUCUUAAGCACACCAAUCGUUUGCGUCACUCAAGGCGAAGACGUGAUUCUAUAGACAGUGACGAUUUUUAUUCGCAUAGAUCUGAAAGAAAGUUUUCUGAAACCAAAAAAGCUCCACAUGACAGUGACAGUGAAAUUGAUGAGGCCAUUGAGGAAAUUCUCAAUUCCACAGUGGGGACAUCAACGCAUAAUUCAACCUUAAAGUCCAACAGGACAGUGAGGUCUUUGAACAACACUUUGACUGAAGCAGACCACAAUGUCCUCCUGAAACUCAAACAAUCAGACUCUGUAUUUCAUGCUAAACAAUCGGACAAAGAUGAUGCUAAACAAUCGGAUGAUGAUGAUGAUGUCUUACAUGCCAAACAGUCGGAACAAGAAGAUGAUGAUGUUUUUCGUUCUAAACAUUCAGACCUUGAUAACGUGUGCUGUUCAGAUACUUAUGUUGAUGAGACGAACCCACACCUUCUAAAACUGUUCCACGAUGACGACUUCCACAUGGGUGCCAAGGUGAAGGCCAUGAUUGACGCUGGCGCCGACACGUCGCGGGUGAAGGAGAUGAUGAAUGCCGACGAGGAACAGAAGCAGCUGGAGAAGGUGAUGAACUGUGUGCGCAACAUGGAGCUGCAGGCCACCAUGUCCAGCACGUCGGGGAGGAUCGGCAGUCAGGGCACGCCGCGCAGGGCUCCUCUCCGACCCGAGCAGAGCACCGAGAGUCCUCGCAGGAACAACAUGUCGGGGAGGAAUGGCAGUCAGGCCACGCCACACAAGGCUCCUCUCCGCCCCGAGCAGAGUAUCGAGAGUCCUCACAGGAGCAAGAAGCCUGUGAGCUGUCACGGGCUGCCUCCUGUCGGCAACAAGUUCCUCGAGCUCAAGAAAGGAAGUGUGCACAAAGGAAAGACCACACAGGAGCAAGAAGAGACGAGUCCACGUAUUGGCAACAAGGAAGUGGCUGUACUGGAAGCCAUUAGCAAGGAGAUUGUCAUAAAUCCAUCAGAAGGAGAGACGAUGCGCAGUCACCUGCGUGGGCGUAGAGGGAGUCGCACAAGCAGCGCUGGUACAAUAGACAGCCUCCAGUCGGAUGCCGACGAAACCAUUGAGUGGAAGAAAGGAAACGUGCUGGGAAGAGGAGCAUUUGGGGUCGUCUGGUGUGGGCUGACCAAUGAAGGGGGGCUGAUUGCGGUCAAGCAGAUAGAACUGAAUGCAGCCGACCACAGCAAGGCGCAGCGAGAGUACGAGAAAGUUCAAGAGGAGGUGGAACUGCUGAAAAAUCUGAGACAUAAAAACAUUGUUGGGUAUCUGGGAACCAGUUUUGAAAACGACAUUGUCAGCAUCUUUAUGCAGUUUGUACCUGGCGGUUCAAUUGCCAGUAUCCUAGCCAGGUUUGGAGCCUUGGAUGAGAGUGUGUUCAGACGAUACACCAAACAGAUUCUUGAAGGUGUGGAAUACCUGCAUGAAAACGACAUCAUUCACAGAGAUAUCAAGGGAGGCAAUGUUAUGCUGAUGCCUAAUGGAGUGAUCAAGUUGAUAGACUUUGGCUGUGCCAAACGCCUGUGUAUCAACCUGAGUCUCAGCCAGUCGCAGAUCCUCAAGUCCAUGAAGGGAACGCCAUAUUGGAUGGCUCCCGAGGUCGUCAACGAGACGGGGCACGGAAAGAAAUCCGAUAUCUGGAGUGUGGGUUGCACAGUGUUUGAGAUGGCAACCAAGAAGCCACCAUGGGCAAAUGUAAACCCGAUGGCUGCAAUAUUUGCCAUUGGUUCUGACAAACCCAUCCCACCACUACCUGAGCUGUUUUCAGACGAAGCCCGCCAUUUUGUUAAGUGCUGUCUUACAAGAGAUCAGAGUCGCAGGUCAUCUGCCUCGGAACUGCUGGAGCAUCCGUUCAUCUUGAAGAAACCAUCAUCCAGGAAGUAAAGAACCGUCGUCCUAGUGAAUCUUCUACUGUUUCUAAACAGUGAUGUGAGACCCGUGACAACAACAAUGAGAUUAUAAUGGAACAGGCACAUGCAGUUGAGCGUUCUAACAAAUGAUGUGACUUUGGAUUGUUCAUACCUGAACGCGUACUCUUAUCAGACCAGUUUACACUACUGAUGAUACUACUAUUGUCAAAAUCAGAGUAUGUUUGUACUGCAUAAUGACUACCCAAGUACCAUGAUGACCACCCAAGUAGCUUAUUAAAAUGAAAUUUUUAAGACGAGGUUGCCUCUAAAUGAAGUUACAGACAUGCAUUUGGUGUAUGAUUGGGGUAUAUAUGAUAUGCCCUUUAUAAUGAAUUAAAUGGAGAUUUUAUGACCAAGUAGCUGCUAAAUCUUCUUCUUCGUCUUCGUCGUACGCUCAGACAGGGAUCCCAGUGACUCGAACAAAAGCUGCUGUAUUCCGUAGGUUCUCCACGGGGCCAAAGAGAUUAGCCUCUAAAUGAAGGUACAAAUACAUGCAUCUGUCACUUAUUGGGAUAUAUCUGAUGUGCCCGUUAUAAUGAAUUGAUAUACGUAUAGCAAGUUUGACUGCAAAUAAAAGGUUUGAUAAGAAUGUGAGGAUAUAUUCAGCCAUGGAAUGGCAUUGAAAUUUCAACAUGUACAUGGAGAGUAUGAGUGGAUUUUUCAUUAUUCCAACAUUGAAUGCAUUUUGAUAUUCUGUUUACGUAAGUGUGAAAAUGGAAGUU